AAUGUUUGUUAGUUUGACUGAAAAACUUUGAAAAGUCUUAUAUGGUUUUGUCUUUUCGGAAGUUUCGAGUAAGUGAGAAUUGUUAAAACAAUUGAGUUGAUUUUAGUGGAAGUUGGACGAAAUAUUUUUUUCAUUUUUUUUGGAUCCUGCUGGAGGCUCUUUUUGUGAGGAGUUGCUACUGAUGUGGACAAACACAGACCUCUUCAAAGUAAAUAACUGUUGAUCGGAAAUUUUCUUCACCAACCCCUGACACUAAUGAAGCAAUCCGCUGGCGGGAUAUUGAACUAGAAGCCACUAGAAACGCUUUCUCACUGCAAUAAAACAACGCGCGCCGACCGAAGACAGGAACAAAAGAAACCAAACUCUAUUACCAAAAGGAAAAAGAGCAUUUUCCCCCCACAAUAAACACACAAUCCAAUGGCUCUGCUCGGAAUUGAAGGGACAAUCCAGGCGAUAUCGAUAUGUCAAUUAAAGCCCAUUCCCAAUCGUAAUCAAUUACGCCAUUCGAAAACGAGAGAACUUCACGACGAAGUCGUUUUUCAAACUUGACUCAGUUUCGAAUCGAGUCAUAAUUUGAGUGAAUUAGAAAAAAAUAUAAUAGAAAUACUAAACCCGAUGCAUGGUAAGGAAAAGAAAGCGUCUGUAAUCGUCACCGAGGCCAGGGGCUCGUAUGGCGGCUCAAAACCAUAAUUUUCACUGUUCACGGCCUAGCUUUGUUACUUUACCUUCGUGUCUUCUCAUACUCGUCUCUUUAUUGUUACAAGCGGACGCGGCGUUCUCAGAUUUUAAUGAUCCAGAUCUCAACACCACCAACCCAAAUUCAACGUUGAACUGGACGCUAUACGACGCAAAUUCGACAUUAUUGAAAAAUGUGCACAUAAAACACACCAAAUAUUCGACGCUUGUAACUAUAAUUUUGGCGUGCAUUUUUUUGAUCGUCAUAUUUGGGACAAUAGUUGGGAACAUAUUGGUUUGCGUCGCCGUUUGCUUGGUAAGAAAAUUGAGAAGGCCUAGCAAUUAUCUGAUAGUUUCACUCGCUGUGAGCGAUCUGUGCGUUGCAGUGAUGGUAAUGCCAGUAGCAAUGGUCUAUGACGUAAUGGGAACUUGGCCGUUCGGACCAGUGAUUUGUGACUUCUGGGUUUCCAGCGACGUCUUAUCUUGCGCAGCGAGUAUCCUAAACCUGUGUAUGAUAUCAGUAGACAGAUAUUACGCGAUAACGAAGCCAUUAGAAUAUGGGGUGAAGAGGACACCGAAGCGAAUGAUUUUCUGCGUGUUUAUUGUGUGGAUGAGUGCAGCAUUGAUAUCGCUGCCACCAUUAUUGUUAUUGGGCAAUGAAAAAACGGAGACUUCGUGUUCGGUUUCUCAAAACCAGGGAUACCAAAUUUAUGCGACGUUCGGAUCGUUUUAUUUGCCGCUAACGGUGAUGGUUGUGGUGUACUAUAAAAUUUUUAGUGCUGCCAGGAAAAUUGUCAAAGAUGAAAGACGAGCACAAUCGCAUCUGGAAACGCAUUGUUACUUGGAAAUUAAUGUCAAAAAUGGUGGUGCAGCUGAAGCUAAGCUCUUGGGUGCUCAGCCUGCUCAACCUCCUACAAGAGGAUCUACUGCAAGUACGAACACUACGUGUAGUAUAGAGAAAACGGAAAGUUCUAUUGGAAGAUGCUUCAAGGGACAACGAAAAUCAAACGAAUCGCAAUGCCCGAUGCUACAGCAGAACCAAAAAACACCCACGAAACCCAUUCAUACAAUCAAUCGACCAAACUCUCAAAUGGGCCCAGUGCCGGAGAUCAGGCACCCACCAAAGGAGAGAAGAAGGCUGUCGUCUGAGAAUAGUAACAAAUUAACAACGAGCAGAAUCCGAUCUUCAUUAUCAAAUUUUGCACACAAAAGCCACUUUGCCAAAGAUCUAUUACAACCGACACAUUCGCCACAUCAGAAGAAACUUCGGUUUCAUUUGGCAAAAGAAAGAAAAGCGUCAACAACUCUUGGUAUAAUAAUGUCAGCGUUCAUUAUUUGCUGGCUGCCGUUUUUUGUACUAGCUCUAAUAAGGCCUUUUGUUAAGGAAGAUACCAUUCCAGACGCUGUGAGUGCACUCUUCCUUUGGUUAGGCUAUGUAAAUAGCCUCCUCAACCCGAUUAUUUAUGCAACUUUAAACAGAGACUUCAGAAAACCAUUCCAAGAAAUUUUGUUCUUCAGAUGUUCGAACUUGAAUCAUAUGAUGCGUGAAGAAUUUUAUCACAGCCAGUACGGGGAUCCCGAUACACAUUUCUGUGUGAAUCAUUCUUCUAAAGCACCAAAUUAUGAUGAAGGCGUUGAAAUAGUUUCAGCAGUGGAUAGAGAUGAGACUCGAGCUUCAGAGAGCUUUCUAUGAUUGUCAAUACCCGAGGUCUGUCCAGACCUGGAUACUGUGAUCUAAUUAAGAUUAUAUAAACUAAAGUGUAGAAGUGCUAACUAUAUUGUUAAGAAAUUGGUAUAAACAAGUACUGCGAAAGUUUUACCGAUCAAACUAGUCGUCAACGUAACCUUGUUUCUUUUUACGUGCUUGUAACAUUCUGUCCGGUAAAUUGAUGUCGUGUCAAUAAAUAACAAGUGAAAGUUUACUAUAAAUUUAGAGUAAGAUGUAGAUAAUUAUUAUAUUAUAUCAGUUAUUUUAUCUGUUAUAGUCAAAAUAACCUUCGAGUCUCCUAGGUUUAUCUAGUUAAUCCUCAUGUUUGACUAAAAAGCCCAUUCAAUUUUUACUAAUGAAAUUUUGUUCUCUAAACUUGAAGUAAAAGGCAUUUUAGUCCUUACGAGCUACAAUUUCGUGAUGCAUCCUAAUGCGGCAGAAGGCGAUUGGAGCCAUACAUUUCGUAUAACGACGUAUAUCUAGUUUGUCGUGACGCUCUGACGCGCUGAUGCUUGGAGCGUUUUGAUUGGUUGAUUUUAAUACCUGAGUAACAUUUGAUUUGAGUGUAUGUUUGCAAAACCAGAUGAUGGUCUGGACAAACCUAGGAAAAAAGUUACGGAUUUGGCCUAUAACAGAUUGACGAUAUUUUUCAUUAAAAUUAAGAUAAAUUUAUAUUUCAGAAUGACCAAAGAGUCUAACUAUAAAAAAAAAGAAUUUAUAUUAUAAGGUUGAAAAGCUGUUGUGAAUUUAUUGAAACGUGGUAUUAAUUUGUAUUAUAAUUGUUAUGAGUGAUAAUGUACGGACAAACAAUAGGAGCCAGUAUUUUAAUACAUGUGAUAGUAGAUAUAGAGCUGUUGGUUUCUUUGUUAUUAUUUGUAGUGCUUUUAUAAUUUGCUUAUUAUAUUGUGUUACCAACAUCGAUGUAUAUAGAUAGGCCGUCAUGUAUAAAAACUUCACAACAGAAAUGAAAUCUGAUUUUGGUAAGAUUGAUUUGUUUGAUAUUCGACCAUGUACUCCCAUUUGUUACGUUUUUGGUUUUGAUAAUAAUGCCGUCGUUGUAUAUACAAUGUGCUCAAUCAUAAAUCACACAAAU